AUGUGUGAGAAGAGCCUCCUCUUGUCCCUCGCCAUCAUUGAUCUGGGCUCUCGUCAACGAGGAUACAAGUACCAGCAGAGAUCCCAAGGAGGAAAUCCAGGUAGAGUAUCAUCGGCAAUUCUCUCCAAUUCGCCAUCAAUCGAGCUCUUCGAAGUAGAAGAAAUCUUCUACCUCGCGAAAUCCAUCAAGGCAAUGUCCAGCAGCAGCAGCAGCAGCCACCAAAAUGUGGAAGAGGGAGGAGUGAUCAAUCGCAAUCGCGAGAAGGACGAUGAGAGAGUAGCUCUGGUUGUGCGGGUGGAGGAAGAGGAGGUGGAAGAGCAGGAUUCCACAAACAGGGGAACAACAGGGGCAUCGAUCCAGCAAUUGGCGGCGCAAGCCAUCGUGGGCGCUGCCCAAUCGCACGAAAUUCGCGACUCCACACUGGAAUCCACGGCGCCUGCUACCCAAUCUCUGGAAUCUCAGGAUGGAGCUGCCACGCCAUCGCGCAGCCAGGAAGGAGGAUUAGAAUUGCGAGAAUUGGAAGAGCUCCAGGCCACUCCGAAAGGGGAAGAACACAGGAUCCCAGAGCCAACAGAGUGCCCGCCAGCGCCUCGCAAGCUUCCCAGAUCCUCCUCAUUUCCUUCCUCUUCCUCGUUGCUGCUCUCCACGAUUUCGUCUUCGUCCUCGAGGAAACGAUCCGCCCAGCAAGCAUUCUUCGUCCCUCCCGACUCGGAAGUGUUUGCUCCCCGGCCACGCCAGGAGCAAAACUCCAAGAAAGAAGAGGACGAACACAAGGAAGAAAAGGAAGAAGAGGAUGAUGAGAAAAACACCAAAGAAGAGGAACACCACUGA